CUCAAAUAAGACUGAAGAAACCCUAUAUACCCACACUCUCUCUGCUUUUGUCUCCAUAUCAAGUGUGUGUCCUCAAAGCCUCUUCUCUUGGACGGCUCUUUUGAAAAGUCUCUACCUUUCGAAUUCCUUGAUUGACAAUGCGUGGUGGGUCAGAGUUUGAGCUGGGGAAGACUAAUCUUCUUCCGGCUGAGAGUGAGCUGGAGCUGGGGUUAGGACUCAGCCUCAGCAGCGGCGCGUGGAGAGAGCGUGGAAGGAUUCUAACGGCUAAAGAUUUUCCAUCCGUUGGGUCUAAACGAGCUGCUGCUGACUCUUCCUCCUCUCACCAUGGAGCAUCUCCUCCUCGUUCAAGUCAGGUUGUGGGAUGGCCACCAGUGGGGUCACACAGGAUGAACAGUUUGGCUAACAAACAAGCUGUGAAAGCUGAACAAGGAGAGGCGAAGAAGAAAGUUAUGAAGGAAGAUGAGCCUAAAGAUGUCUCAGUGAAGGGUUCAGGGUUUGUGAAAGUGAACAAGGAUGGAGUUGGUAUAGGAAGAAAAGUGGAUGUGAGAGCUCAUUCUUCUUAUGAAAACUUGGCUCAGACGCUUGAGGAAAUGUUCUUCGGAAGGACAGGUACUACUUCAAUGGAAAAGGUGAAACCUUUAAGACUUCUAGAUGGAUCAUCAGAGUUUGUACUCACUUACGAGGAUAAAGAAGGAGAUUGGAUGCUUGUGGGUGAUGUUCCAUGGAGAAUGUUUAUCACUUCGGUGAAAAGGCUUAGGAUCAUGGGAACCUCAGAAGCUAGUGGACUUGCUCCAAGACAUCAAGAACAGAAGGAGAGACAGAGAAACAGCCCUGUUUCGCUUCUCUUCAAAAGCUAGCAUUGACAUGUUUUUUUUGGUUUGGCAAGUUGCUCAAUAAGUAUACAUAAAAGUAAGCUUAUUAGAUUUUGAUAUAUUAAUCCUGUUCGUGUCAGAGAGAAUGGUUUUGAAAUGUAUUUUCUUGCUCUCAUAAUGUAAAUAGUUGAAGCUAUCUAAAUGUGAUAUGAGUUAUGUUUU